GCCUGCAGGCAGGUUAUGAUCCAAUGAUCAUAUUCAAAUGAGCACGCUCCUUCAAGUUCUGCCGAAAAUUCUGCCAUCUCAUAGCAAUAACAAUUCAGAAAAUUGCACAUAGCCUCGUACAGAAAAUGCGUUGCACCCUCCUCGCCGUUGUUGCUACCUUGACAGUAGCCAUGUCUGCUUGCAAUGUUAAUAGCGAUUGUUGCACUGGUAAUUAUUGUCCCAAAGUGAGUAUGAACAGUACGGGAGCACGCGUUGUGAUGAAAAGGGGAGGACGAACAAGAUUAAUAUUGCUGCCUGCGCGGUACUUGGAUCAAAGGCCCAUAGUGUGGGAGCCCGAGAGUGGUUCUAUGCACUAA